GAGGGGGCGGCGGCGGCAAUAGUAGUCGGUACCGGAGGCGUUGGGUGGCGGCGGGCGGGGCCUGGGCCGGCAGGGCCAGCGACGGCGACAAGGAACCCCACUCCAUUCCCCUCUCUUCGGUGGCUGGCCGUUGCCGGGAGAAGCGGGGAGACAUCCUGAAAUCCUGGAACUGCACUGAAAGAAAACAGGGCAGUACUUGAAGGCUUGACAAAUGCAUCCCAGGUUGAAAAACUGCUGUAUUCCUUCUCCUCUUCCUCCUUUAGAAAACUGACUUUUUUAAAGAGGUAAGAGAGAAGCAAAAGUAGUAAGAAAAUGCUGGGAUCAGAACGAGGUGUCGUGGAAGAAUGGCUGUCAGAAUUCAAGGCAUUACCUGAAACACAAAUUUCCAGCUAUGCAGCUACAUUGCACCGAAAAAAAACACUGGUACCAGCUCUUUAUAAGGUCAUUCAAGACCCAAAUAAUGAGCUCCUGGAGCCUGUUUGCCAUCAGCUCUUUGAACUUUAUCGUAGUUCUGAAGUUCGACUCAAGAGAUUCACCCUGCAAUUUUUACCAGAGUUGAUCUGGGUAUAUCUGCGACUUACUGCCAGCAGGGACAGGCAAAGUAAUGGUUGCAUUGAAGCAUUGCUGCUUGGCAUUUACAACUUGGAAAUUGCUGACAAAGAUGGAAACAACAAAGUUUUAUCUUUCACCAUCCCUUCAUUAUCUAAACCCUCAAUAUAUCAUGAGCCCUCAACUAUUGGAUCCAUGGCUUUAACUGAAGGAGCUCUAUGUCAGCAUGAUCUCAUCAGGGUAGUUUACAGUGAUCUUCAUCCUCAAAGAGAAACCUUCACAGCACAAAACCGGUUUGAGGUGCUGAGCUUUCUUAUGCUGUGCUACAAUUCUGCUAUUGUCUAUAUGCCUGCCUCUUCUUACCAAUCACUUUGUAGGAUGGGUUCCAGGCUGUGUGUGAGUGGAUUUCCGCGGCAGCAUGAGAAACGCUGGAAAGAACACUGUGGUAGAGUGGUGUUAGACCCUGAUUUCAUGGUGCAGCUGCUCACAGGUGUCUAUUAUGCCAUAUAUAAUGGUCAGUGGGAUCUUGGCCAGGAGGUAUUGGAGGACAUAAUUUACAGAGCACAGCUUGAACUCUACUCACAGCCUCUGCUGGUUGCAAAUGCCAUGAAGAAUUCACUGCCCUUUGAUGCUCCUGAUUCAUCACAAGAAGGCCAGAAGGUACUGAAAGUAGAAGUUACUCCGACAGUACCGAGGAUUUCUCGGACUGCCAUUACAACAGCUUCUAUCCGUCGUCAUCGCUGGAGGAGAGAAGAUGGCUUUGACUUCUCAAACGAGGCUGACUCAAGCAUACCUGGCUCACCGAUCCAACACGGCUCCACAGACCUAGGGAUCAAACGUGAGCAAGAGGGGGAGGUGCUGAUGCGCAGGACCCCUGAGCAUGGCUUCCCGGAGCCCACCUUGGCAGCAGCCACAACAGAGGAUACUGAAGGUGUAAAUGGAAGAGAGGAAUCUGUGAACCUUAAUGAUGCUGAUGAAGGAUUUUCAUCAGGAGCUUCCCUCAGCAGCCAGCCCGUUGGGACCAAACCUCAAUCAUCAGUAUCCCAGAAGGGCAGCUUAAGGAAAACAGCAAGUGGGCGUUCUGCUAAGGAUAAAGAAACCUCUUCUGCAGCAAAAUCCAAUGACAGCCCUCGAGAUUCAGUAGCUCGGAAGCAGUACAUGCACCAAUCUGCUGACCUUGGUGCAGAUAUAAUUGAGAUGACACCUACUAAAAAACACCUCAGCCUGCCUGCUGGGCAGGUGGUGCCAAAAGCCAACAGUUUGAGCCUGAUCAGGACCGCCAGUGCUUCCUCCAGUAAAUCGUUUGACUAUGUGAAUGGCAGUCAAGCAGGCUCCAGUGUUGGAGCUGGUACAGAUGGUGUCACCAAUCUAGCAGCUGGCAACACCAAUCGGUUUUCAACUAUCAGCCUACAGGAGGACCGACUAGGCCAAGCUGGGGAAGGUAAAGAUCUCCUUCCCCCAGGAGCUCCCCUAACCAAGCAGUCUCGAUCUCCAAGUUUCAAUAUGCAGCUGAUAUCCCAGGUGUAACUUUGACUCCCUUCCUUAGGACUCCUUGUUUCCCUUUAAUCCCCAGGCAAGUUCAUCCUUAGGCAAAACGUGAACCAUCAUCCCGCAGUGUGAAAAUACUGACUGUUGUGAUCUUGUUUGAUUUGGUUUAGCUAUCAUACUGUAUUACUGAAACAGCAAUAAUUCUUCCCUCACCUUCAUUCCCCCUCCUGCCCCCCUUGUAAACAUGGUUGUGAAGCAGUAUAUAAUGUACUGUAUGCCUUUUUCCAUGCCUUCCUUUCUCCUUGGGUGAUGUGCAAUCCAUCGUAGGCUGAUCAGUCCCAUUUCAACACUGUGAGACUGGAGACACCGGCGGAAAUGGUGAAUGUGAUCCCUAUGAGAUGAUGCUUUGGCUUUGUUAAGAAAUAGAAACGGGUUUGUUUUCUCGGUCUACAGUACUGCAAAGACUACUGGAUCAUGACUUUUCUUUCUCAGAACCAGGAGUGCCUCAGAGAUUCUAGUGUGACUUUGGACCUCUCUGAGUCUGUGCAAUCAAUUCUGGGGAGGGGAUUGUCAUUGCUGCUCCUGGCUGCCUACAGCACUUUUUUCAUUAAAAUGAGGGUAGUUUUUUCUUGCCUGCCCCAAGUCUCUCAUCCCAGAAGCUUUUGAUGUUCAGCAACUGAGACAUGCAUAUUAACAAGUUGUUUUCCCUCAAAGAGAGGAUUCUAAGUAGAUAAUGUAGGUUACAAUGCACUUCUGAUGGCGUUGUAGCCAUAUGUAAUGUUACAUGUCUUCCCCUCCAGGACACAGGGUCAUUCUGCAUAGAGACUAAAAUUUAGACAACAUCUGCUGUUAAAGCAAUUUGGUUUGUAAGUGGAAGGGAAACACUACUUUCCCAGGAACUAAUAGCUAGCUCUGCUCCAUUUUUGUUGUUGUUGUUAUUCUUGUGAGGUGCUGAUCACUGAAUUGAAAAGUGUAUUCGGGUAAAGAAUAUUUCUCAGGCUGCUUUCUAUGGUAUCAUGGCUGUUUGACACCCCUGCCCGCCUCAGCUGCUUUCUCAGUGUCCCUGAAUUCAAUGACAGAGUCAUUUGAAGAAUCCUGCAGUACAGACAGACUCUUAAGGGGCUGUCUCAGGGAUAGAGACAAUAGUUUGCUAGAAACACUGAAGCUUCAAUGUGAAAUGCUUUUCUAGAAACACCAUUUGUGCAAAGGGGUACUGACAGUCCUUUUUUCCCAGAAGGAUCACACCUCAUUGCCUUGGUAUUUAUAAUCCAUUGAGUUUUUUUCAUUCUUACUUUAGUGGAUUGGUCCUACUCUAGAAAAUUCAGAACUCAUGCCAUUGAGCCAUGCCUUGAAUGUAUAUGACUGGUGUAUGGGCACUGGCUGGUACUAGAGAACACUGCUUAGAAGCACAUUUCUGGUUACACAGGAGAAUUUUUGUCAUUCUCUCUCCAUCUCUCUGUCUCUUUUUGGAUUGCUAGAGAGAAAAGGGGAAAGUUCAUCCUCUAUGCUGAAGUAAUGUAUAAUAUCCUGGAAGUUUACAAAUUGUAAACCCACAGGAAAGAGUUACGAUCUUUAUGUGGGCACUUUGGUUUCACUGUCACUGUGAAGGAUAAACAUAAGCAGUUAAAAAUAGCAGGCGAUCUUUGAAUGAUAGUCCUUCGAAAACCAGGACAAUGACAUCAUGUUGCAUUGCUGGUAGUUGGUUUUGGUUUUGUUCGGGUUUUUUUUGCUUUUGAAUAUCAUUAUUUCAAAUAGAAUUUUUUUUUUUAAUUUACAUUAAAAAUCAUUUAAAUAUUUGAAGGUUUUUUGUGGCAAGUGAUUUGGCAAGUCACUUUGGUAGUCUAAUCUUCAUAUCUUACAUUCAUAAAGUGAAUUAAAUGGCAACUGGACUGAUGCAGAGAUUCAAUUAAAGAGUAAAUAGAAUCAUCAGAAAGAAGACCUUACAGUUUCUAAAUUUAAGUUAAUCUUUAAGGGCCACCAGUCGCACACAGAUGGAGCUAAGGCAAAGUUGAAAUUAAGCUACGAUGCAUUUUUUGCAGAAAUGUCAAAAGCUGUAUGUGGUUAAAUGCUUCUUUAUUUUAUAAGGUUUUACUAGUGGAAACAAUUGGUAAGUUGUGGAUGAAAGUACAAAGUUUAUAUUUUGUAGAGACUAUCACAACAGAAAUUCUAUUAAAGAGCCAUGACUAAAUAGAAAAGGACCAAAUAAUUUGCUUAAAUCUUUGAAUUUUUGGGAAAGGAAAGGCCAGGAGUGUCAGCUAAUUUCUUAAGAAUUUUUUUUUUGGUUUAGUGUUUUAAAAAGUAAGAGUUGUUCAUUAGCAAGGUUCUCUACUUUCUACAUUUGCUGUUAUAGUCCAGAAGUUUUAGGACACUUAAAAUGGCAGCAGGCCACAUUUCACAGCCUUUUUUUUUUUUUUUCUCCUUGAAAUAUUCUUAUGUGUGGGGUCCCACACUAUUAAAUUAUUUCAGGCAAGUGAGACAGCUCAGUGACUUCAGAUAGGGAAGUCAAAUGUAUGUGCAUAAUUUUUUCGUUAAAACUUUAGUUAAACUACCUUUUCAGACAUUUUUACAGUUCUCAUUUUGAUGAUGUGCCUUUUGUUAUUGUAUCAUCCAUUGUAUUUUAGUUUGUUCUUGUGUAUAUAUACCUACCCCAUAUAAGGCUUUUUAAAGAGUUCAAAUUUAUCCCUGUUAAAAAAAAAAUAAUUUUUUUUGUUGCUGUGUGCUGAUGUGGUACAUCUAUAACUUCUUAAAAUUACCCUUUUAGUGCAAUGUUUCAGUUGUGGGAGCCUGUUUUGUCAUUUUUCAGACAAGUACUGUUCAACAUCUAUCUUACAAAAUGAGUCAUCACUAAUAUCUACAAACCAGCUGCGUUGACAGGCUUUGCCAGUGCUGUGUAUCAUGUUUAUCAUUAAUGCUUCUAGAUCUGUCUCAAACUAUGCCAGGGUAGUUUAAGAUCGUAGCAAAACUUUAUACACUGAAGUUCAGUACACUUCAAAUUACUGUGGCAGAAAUAAAAUUUGAAGUGUCGGGGAUAUGGGUUGAAGGAAUAAUCUGCCAUCUUUCUGAUUAUAUAUGCUAAUUACUAAACAAAGUACAAUUUUUUGACACCUGUGACAAAUAUUUAAACUUAAAUCUGUUUAUCCUGAGUUCACUCUGCUGUGUCUUGUUUUAGAACAUUUGGUACUUGACAUGAGGCACUAGAUUUUCUGCAGUAUUUCAAUGCAACUACAGCAUUAUAAAAGAGGGUAAAAAAGCAGAACACUACUGUUUUUUCCAGUGUAUGUAUGUGCACAUGCAUGCACAUAUACGUAAUUCUUAGGUGAGCAAGUGUUGGUACUAUAUUUUGAUGUAUAUAUACAAGUAAGUAGGGAUAAAUGAAUUAUUCCUUGAUACAAUGCUUACCACAUCACAAUAUGCUGUCAUUUUGUAACUCAUUUUUGUUGGACUUUAUAAUUUUAAGAAAACAUAAAAUGUUGGGAUUGCUAACUCCAGCUUGAUGUAUGCUUUUCAGGGUUUUAUCAUGGGCAGCUUUUUGGUUGAAUGAUGAGCCGUUUUUUCAUCCUGCAGGCAGCAAAGUGAUGAAGUAAAAAUACCUAUUAAAACAAAUGUUGCAAGAUGAUAGUUUAAAUUGCUGUAUUAUCCUUUUAGUUUUCAUUUGGAGACUUUGUACGCCAUUGUCCAUUUAACAUGCAGAUUUCUUUGAACACCCUUUCUGAUGUGAUUUUCCAGGGGUUUUUUUAACAGUAUAAUUCAUUCCAUAAUGCUGAACAUCAUGUUGCAGCCAGUAAGCAUUAGAUCUAGUAUUUGUAAUCUGCAAGUGUGUUGGUCUUAAAUACGGCAUUUCCAACAUACCCUUGCUAGCUUUAACAUAAAUCAAAUGAUCUGGUUUAACAUCAAAAUAGUGAAGAAAAAAAGAAAGUUUUCUGACAAAGUAUUUAUUUGCACUACUUACGAAUACUGGAGUUUACUGGGACAGGGUUUUUUCUCACCAUGUGAGGUUUACGUGUGUGUGGGUAGGUACAUACAUUUGUCACGUGUUGACAAUCAAUUGCCUCAACUGUGUGUAUACUGUAUGUAAAUAUGAACAUAUUUUUCAAGAUUAAGGGGGAGACCUGCAUCUUAAUGGUGGUAAAGCUGCUCUGUAGUAAGGUGACCCCAACUCUAAUCCCUUUUUGUCUCCAGAUACUAUGUGGCUUGUUUUACUUCUUUAAUGAAGAUUAUUGGUGUUCUUGGAAAAUUUUAGCUCCAGGGGAACUUUCCUCAAUAUUUAAUGUAUAGCAUGUUCAGAGAAUUAUAUUUUGAAAAAUUAAUUUUGGAAUAGAUAAUUCUAUGCUAUGGCUGUAUUUUAACCUAAGAGUUUAAACUUGUCCUAUUUUAUCAUGAACCAAUGGCUAUCUCUUUUAAGCGUUCAGCAUUUUGACUUCGGUCACAAACCAGAAAUUUUUGUGUAUCUUGGCUUACAGAUUUAAAUUAAUUUGAAAACUGAGUGAGAACCAAGAAUAACUUUUUGAGUAAAAUCAUGAAAAUCAAGCAGUACAGACCUAGGCACUGUACUCAUAAUCCUGGAGGAGGUGUGGAAAAUAUAAUGGAACAUGUUUGAAUGAAAUAUAUUUACUGCACACAAAACAAAAAGAUGUUUCUGAUGUUAGUAAAUCUAAUAAUCUCAUCCUUAAAUUCUGCAAUUCUCUCAUUGCCAAAGAUAUUGCUACCUUGGUAUGUUUAAUAUAGCAUUAAAGCCAUUAGCUAUGUCUCAUUUGUAAGAACCACUUACAUCAUAGCAAUAGUUUGCAUCAGAAGAGUAAACAUGCCCCUUUUUUAUUUAUUUAAAUUUCUUGUUUAGGAUAGCUGCAGGACUAAAGUUGCAAAAUAUCACUCUAUCAAGCAUGGUAAGCAAAGAAGCCAGACCCUCUGUACUUGCAUUGCAUUCUUGGUUUAUAUCAAAUUGUUCAAUAUUUCAUUUUUUCUUCAAUGUUUCAAAUGCUAUUUGUUUCUAGCAUAUGGGCCUUAAUAUCCCUUGAUUAUUUUUUGGUUUGUUUUCCCACUGGUACUUGGAUAAACUUUGCUGUGGAAAGCUUUUUUUGUAGGUGAUUCAGGGUGACAGAUCAUGACAUGGGUGUUGUGUUAGUUGGUGUAUCAGUCUGUCAAAAUUUGCACGUCAUGACCAGCUGAAGAGCCAAAAUGCUCACCUGCCUCUUACACAGUGGUGGAAGAGAUGGAGAGCUGUGAGCAGCUUGGUUUGUCAGUAGGUCCCAAAAACAAGCAGUAAGUGGAUUUUGCAAGACUGAUACGUAUUAGAAUUUUCACAUAGUCAUUAUGAAAUUUUAUUUAAAACAAAUCUCGGAACAAGAUUUCAAAACAUAACAGCUAGCCAUUUCAGAUAAACUUGCCUUGUAAGCUUGGCGAGUGUCAAGGCCUGUGAUGUUAAAAGUUAAGAAGCAAGCUCGAGUAGUCUAAGGGUACCUUACAGCUUCCAGAAAUGGAUUUAGUAAAAUUCUGUCGCAUGUUAAUUUCUGUAUAUGAGAUUUAAUGAAAAAAUCACAGUUUUUGCUUCCAUCUUUUAUCUAUUUUUCUUAAGGCUACUUCCCUUCCCUCCCCUGAUUUGUUUUUUUUGUUUUUUGUUUUUUACUGUGUUCAUCAGAUUUUACCGCAGGUAGUAUCUGAGGGACCAAAUUAAUUUAAAAUGGGUCCAUAAAUUAUCCCACCUAUUAUAAAGGAUUACUAAGCUAUUCCUGUGAGGAGCUGUUGAUGGGAACAGAUGUAUAGUAAAACUUUGUGUCUGUACAGUAAAAUCUUGCCCUACAUUUUAGCUUGUGCAUAAUGAGCAAAGUGAUGAGAUCAAGUUAUAUUAACCAGUUACUUGGCUGUGAGCUCCCAGUGUUUUAACAGUCAGUGAGAUGUCAGCAGUUUGGAGUAUCUUUGCAUUCUGAUAGAACUCUUUAAAGCAAUUUAAAUUUUGACACUUGAAAAGAUGGUUAAUCACUCCUUAAAAUGUGGCAUAGAAUUCACACGAGUUUUUGGUUUUAGGGGGUAAAAUGGUCGGGAAAGAUUUAUGUUGAGGAGCAUCUCCUAGUGACUCUAUGGUGCUUUGUCAUGGAAACUUCCUUACAAAUCAGUAGUAGAUCCUGUGUGUUUGAGUCCUCGUCCUCCCCAGAACUAAUCACAAAACAAAAAAAUAGUAUGAAUGAAGCAACCUUUUACCUUUUGUUCUAAAAUAAGGAUGACUUGGGAGUGACAGAAAUACUGGCUAUUGACACUGUUCUUUCUGUUCAGGCAGUUAUUAUUGUUGUGCUAGACUUCCAUGUUAUUAGUUUAUGAAAAUGCAAGUAGUAAAAACUUUGUGGCUUCAAGUAUACAGUAGAUGUGUGUUAACAAUCACUCAGGAUAAACCAACUUGUCCAAGUAUUAAUAGAUUCCUAGUAUUGGGGUGUGUCUGUGUGUUUUUGUGUGCCAGUGUUCAAUGAUUACUUUGAAACAAAUUCUUACUGUUUUCUUGCAGAUAGUGAAUACUUUUGGGAUGGAUAUUACUAGCUGGUUACUGAUGGAAAAAUACCAUAUGGUUAAAUAAAAUUGAGUAAUUUAACAUUUUUUUCCAUAGCAAAGAUUCCAGGAAAAAGCUAAUAGAGAUUUUUUAAUAAUUAAAUCAGAUACUCUUAAUACAUUUUAGAUUUACUAUGGUAGCUUUUAUUUGCUAUAAAAAAACCCUAACAACUAAAUUGAGGUACCCCAUGCUGCAUUUUUUAAAUUUGUAAUUCCUGUACUUUACAAUGAAUCUUUUGAUCUGUUUGUGUCCUUGUAAGAAUACAGGAUAUGCCGUCAAUUUUACUAGCAUAAAGAAACGUUCUGCAAGAGUUAAAAGGUUAUUUUCUUACUUUUUUCUGUCAUACCAGGUUUGUUUCUCUGAACUAAGGUUUCUGAGGAUUUUUACUACUUUAGCAUUAUGUAAUCUUUGUCACAGAAGGAGCAUAAGCAGCGAGUAGCCCACUUCUUGUGGACAAACAGGCGAGAGGACGUGGCGUGGUGGUGUGUCCCCUCCUCACCAGGACGGCUCUGCCUGCUGGGACCGACCCCGGGCAGUCAAGAUCCGGUUCUGGUGAAGGACGAAACCAAAUGGGUUUUUACCAACCGCGACCUCUGCUGUGUGAUGUCCUUUAACCUGGGACCAGGGGAAAAUCUUCAUUCUUAGACCUGAAGAUGGCACGUAUUGAAGAUCAUGUUAUUGGUGCAUGUAAGCCAUUAUCUUAACUGUCUUACUGAGCUGGUUAAUGCUGUUGACUGUUGUUGAAAUGUGAAAUGUAGUUACUAUUGACUUUGUAAAUACCUGCCAGAGAUGAAAUAUAAUUAUUUUAAAUCAUUGUAAAUAGAGAUGUAUAAAACUCAACACAAUCUGCAAUGCAGAAAACAAAUAUAUAUAUAUAAAUAUAUAAAGAUGUUAAAUAAAUAUUGUGCUGUUUCUGAACAGAAA